AGACUCACGUUAGAGAUGAUUAGAAUCGUGCAGGACUCGGCCGGCCCUAGUCUCGUCUCUGACAAUCAGUCGGUGGCUUAGACUGAAAGUCUUAGCACUGCUUCCCGCCAUUUCUCUAUCUUUACAGAGUUGAGGUUCAUGAUCCGUAAACCCUACAUGUUCAAUGCUUUAAUUAUAUCAAAUUCAACAUCUCCAUUACUGUCAUCCUCUUUCGAUUGCUGCGACACUGUCAAAAUAUGGUCCUUGUCACUUCAAGGGACGUGGAGGAGAUCGUCAUCAUGCUUUCUUCCGAGAAAGCAAAAACAAGAGAAGAGGGGAUUAAGUUGUUAAACACGUGGUUAGAAGGGGAAAGAUCAGUUAGCUUUUGUAGAUAUAUUGGUCAGAAGACUGCGAUGCUCAAGCAUAAUGACAUACCUAAUUCUGAGACAUGGCCUUUUAUUAUCACGCUUCUUAUUCAAUGUAUAUCCCUGGAGAUAUCUUCAAGCAAGAGGAGAUUGCCAAAGUUGUCUUUUGCAAAGACAUUACGCAUUGUUGUACAACGAGCUGAAGAUGACAAGUUUUCAGGGAAGAACUUGCUUCUAUUAUCUAUUGUGAAAGCACUUUAUAACCAUAUUUGGGAUAUCAUGAAAGAUAUUCCUAGCUUUCAAUCUGAAUACGGGAUUAUCCUCCGACAUCUCCUGGAAGUGAGCGAUUAUCGUUUUCACAUGAGGAAGAGGGUCUAUUGCAAUCUGGUGCGUCUUUACAUGCAGAAGGUGAAAACAAGUUUGAGUGGGGAAAGCAGUAAUCAUUUUAAUCCCAAAGAAGAUACUUUUCGUUGCAUAGUGAAUCUACAUUCACUUAUUGAAAAUCCACCAGGGGAUUUUCCAGAUGAUAUCAGAGUGGAUAUAGUUGAAGGAUUUAUUAGUAUUUUCUCUUUUAUAAGGGAUGAAGGAAAAAUUUCAAGGAAGCUGAUUGAAUGCGUCAAUACAUAUUUGUUGAAAGAUGGUCCAAAUCUAGCCCAACAAUCAUUGGAAAUACACGAGGCUGUGCAACUGUUUGUUUUUCGUAGUUGGUUAGCAACUCAUGAUCGUGGCCUAAAGGACACACUUAUUCUAUAUGCUAGAGUACAACUAAGUUUAACUAGAGGUUCCACUGAUGGAAGUACUUUAGUGGAACAAUUAUUGGAUGUAAUCGGCAGGGAGCUAGAUCAAAAUAGUGUUUCCAUCUCUAAUCCUCAUCGGAAUGAAACUAUCAAAGAGGACAAAUUUGGGAACUUGACAAAUUCACAGUUUAAUUUGGUGGAGCUUGCGGCUCUUGUAUUCUACCGGGCACUCAUUAGCACAUCAAAGAUGCCAAGUUCAGAGAAGAGAGUUAAGAAGGAUCAUUUUGCUGCCUACCUAAAAGAUGGAUUAACCAAAGGAAAAUGGUUGUGGAACGCUGCAUUUUGCAUUCUUGUUGGUAAUUUCUCAAGCCGUGUAAAGAAGGAACUUUUUGUCUACUGGUUUCAAGGUCUUUGUACAAGCUUAGAAAGAAUAAUGAAUGAUGCAAACACAAGCCAAGCUUAUGAAGGAUUGCUGUGGACUUUUCGGAGUCUGCACACGCUCUCUUCAUUGCUGCUUGAUGUUCCAACAAUGGAGUUGUCGCCAACUGCAUCACCUUUGUCAAGCGAGCUGGAAAGUAGUUGGCACAUGGUAUGGAGUUGCGUAUUGCAUGGUUUGCCUACUUUCACCAAUGUACCAGCCGUUGCUGAUGCUGCUUUCAUGCUUCUUGGGAUCAUGAUCAUGAAAGAUCCAAUUAAUAGAUUUGUUAUACCGAAAGAUCUCUGGGACCUUCGGUUCUUUAAACGGCUUCCAUCAAUGUCCAUAUUAUGCUUCAUUUCCUGCUAUUUCUCAAGAAGAGGCUCUAAUGGUGAUCUUCGAGACAGUUUAUACAUAAGAGAAAAUCUCUUGAGGUCUGUUAUGGCCCUGCUGAACUUCAAGGAUCAUCUCAUGCUAAAUGAGUUCAUAGUUGUUGUGCUGCCAGCAGCUGUUUAUGCACUUUCAACUGGUUGUACUCCUUUACUUCACAAUUCUGGAGGAGCUCCACAUCUGCAUAUAUUCACAGAUGUUCUUCAGCAUUUAGAUGGAUGGGCAAAAGCAGAAGAUGAUAAACAUGGAGAUAUGCCUGACAUUUUUGACUGCUCUGUGGAGGCCUUGGCAAACAUUGGUGUUAGAUCUGAUGUUAAGUCCCAAAGCUACGAUGAUGUACGUCUUCCUCAGCAGUUGAGAGAAUUGCUACUUUGUAAGAUGGAAAACCAAAUUCUUGAAGUGUUUGAUGACAAAGACAUUGAGAAGAUGCUUCUGUCUGAUGUCUUCCUCCUUUGUGCCAUGAUAUCUAAUUUCAUGUUCAGCUCAUAUAUGUCGAGGAUAAAUGAAGCAAUUCCGCCAUUCCUAUCUAAAUUAGGCAAUCACUUAUUAAGAUUGCUGGAUUAUGCUACUUCCAUGGUUGAAAAUAGUUUAAAAGACAUAAGAAGCUGUUUUGGUUCCAGAAGUAUCUUUGAUGACACAAAAUCUGUUGUGGAUGCUUUUAAAAGUUUCGCUGGCUCUCCUCUUUUAAGCAAAUGGAAAAAUCAAAGUCCUGAUUUGGUUCUUUAUACAACCAUAAGCCAGUCAUUUGAGAGGCUUCUGAAAGCUCUUUCCAAAGUAUACGAGGAAUGCUUGAAGUUUACAUUAUUUACUGGGUUUGAGAUAGAUCUGCCAAGCUCUUCUGCCUCAGAUUCUGGUAAAGUAAAUAGCAAUAAAGGCACAGUAAUGGACAUUGAAUUGGACUUAAGUGAUGAUUCCAACAAUGAAAUCAUGAUCGGCAGCAGAACUGCCAGCUCCAAUUGUAUAUCCAUGAAGAAGUUCAAAGUUGAUAUUUUGACAUUGAUGUCCACAUCCUUUUCUGUUUUACCUGUUGUUACAUGGGAAAUUCUCUUCAACAUCAUGGAAAAAGAAAGUGAUCAUAUGGUGUCAGAAAGUAUUCUAUUGGAUCUUUGUAAGCAUCCUUAUUGGCCCUCGUCCAGAAAGUUCAUGGAUUUGGUUUUUCUAAUGAAUAGAGUGGUGGACAUGCGGAUAAGCCUUAAGCUUCAGUGUUCCAAUGUACUAGAUGCUAUGUGUGGUGUACUAGAAAACCUGAUAUCCUUUGCCAAUGAUGGAUCUAAUAUAUCAUUAAGGGACAUAAUUUGUGAAGAGAGCUUGGUUUCUCUUGCAAACUUAUUUAAUAGAAUUGCAGAAGAAGAUGUCUCUGAUUGGCCUAAUCGUGGAAAGCUGGUCAACUGUAUAUACAAAUUCGUAUUAUUGAGACCUCACAUUGGCCAGGGAAUGAUUGAGAAGCUGUUCAUUAUGCUAAAGGAUCCUGAUUACCGAGUUAGACUCCUUCUGGCAAAACAAAUUGGUACUCUUUUUCAAACAUGGGAAGGUCAUGCUGAAUUGUUCCAGGAUAUAUGUGCAAAUUUUGGUGCCAAGUUGGUGACUGCAUCUAACCAAAAAGUUAUUACUGCCAAGGAUGUGCUAGCUGCUGGUCAACAACCUCGUCUGAUGGUGGAAACUGCUGUUAUAACUCUAAUGCAUCUGGCUUUGUCGAGUGAGAAAGUAGAAUUGGAGGCCGUUUAUAUGAUAUGCGUGGUUUCUGCCCUUGAUCCUUGUCAUAGGGAAUUGGUCUUUGUUGUUCUUGAUAAUCUAUCUAGAGAGCUCCAAUACACUAGCAGGUCAAAGUACUUGGAGGAACUUAUUGGUCCUAUCAUCUUUUUCUGGGUUGAAUGUGGCGUGAGCUUAUGUUCUCUUAUUGAGAUAAGGGAUGUUUUCAUGCCAAGUUUAGAGCCUAUUACUUUUGUGCAGUAUUGUAGUCAAUGGCUUCUCCCAGCUCUAGUUCUGCAAGAUGAUAUCUCCAGCCUAAAUUGGAUUUCAAAGAUUGCUCAUCAACCUAUGUCGUACCUAGUGAAGAAUCAUUUUGUCCCUAUCUUUUCAGUUUGCAUUUUGUUACACUGCCGCAAGAAGUUUGGGUGGGAAAAGGGAGAUGGUGUACUUCAAGAUUCCCUGCUAAAGAUCGCUGACAUAUCCGAGAAAGAAAGAGACGUACUCAUAAGGAAACAUAUGGUGUCUAUUGUCAGUCACAUUUUCUCUCUCGCAUCUUGUGCAUCAGAUCCUGCAGUUCCAUUCUUCUCCAAAGACAAUGUUGGCCAUGCCAUUCGGACAGUUGUUGAUGGAUUCUUGGAAAUGGAUGACUCCCCAAGUAAUGUUAGUGUUGUUGACAAGAUAAAUGUUUUUCGUCCAGAUAGAGUAUUCAUGUUUAUUGUGGAAAUGCAUUAUAAAGUUACAGAGGCAGCCAACUACAGGCACAAAUGUCACCGGUUGGCUGGAAUAGAGGUGCUUGUCAAUAUUCUUGGACAUAGGGCUGCAGUUCCCAGUAGUUUUAAUUAUCUUCUCAAUUUGGCUGGGCAGUUCACUGGUUUCCAGAGUUUAGCUUACCAAUCUUGUCAAAUCAUUUCCAAAUUGCUUGAGGCCUUUAAAAGCAACUCCUCAACAGAAAGUGCUGCUUUACUGGGUGAACAGCUUCAGUUUUUGGUGUCUGGCUUAGUUGCUUGCUGCGUUGAUGCUAAAUCUGUCAAUGGACAUCCUGCUAUACCUUCAUCAGAAUUCAUGCAAUUGCUGUACCAGCUUAUUGUGGAUGCUGAUUCAUCACUUCAUGGUUAUAUCAGAGAACUUGAACCAUUCCCUGAAUCAGACGCACUUAGUGUGAUUCGAGAGUUCCAUCAAGAUCUAUGCCGGGAUUACUCACCUAAGGAUCACUUGCUUAAGUUGGCAAGGAGAAGUUGCAGUCUUCCCCCAAGAUUGCUUGUAUGCAGUAUGAAAGCAUUACACAAGAAAUUAGUCAUGGGACAAAUAUUUCACAAAGUUGGUGAUGGAGGAUAUUCUGACAAAGAAAUUAUUCAUGCUGUUUGGGCACUUGUUCGAAAUUGUAGUUUGAAUGAUGCCAACAGUUUUUUGUCAUUGAUUUCCGAUUUCAUAUCCAGGGUUGGAAUUGAGGAUCCACACUGUGUUGUUUUUCCACCUAUGGUGUUUGACCAAAUCUAUGUUCACCGACUACUGAAUCAAGAGGGUGCCUCAAAAUUUGCUUUACUGAAUGAUACUGGCAUAUCUGAAGAGCUUCUUGUUUCUGUUCUGCGGCUUUUAAAGAAAUACUUGAUGGAUGAUGCAGUUAAAAUGAUUGACUUGUCAUCAAGAGCAAUACAGGGGAUUCUCUCCACUGAGAGGGGUCAAAGAGCUCUGCUAUCAUUUGAUUCUUAUGAAAGGGCUCUAUUUGAGGUCCAUUCUAAAGGUGUUAACAUGGAGUUGGUUCAGAAGUCGUUGCUGGAUCAUGAGAAGAAUUAUAAUGAUGAAGCAACUUCACUCGAUAAUUCCACUUUAUGGAAGACACACGGGAAAAGUUUUGAAACAUGGAUUUGCCCUCUUCUAUAUGCUUUGAUCGGUUACUGUGAUGAUGUCAUUUUAAGGUUAUGCCAAGAUAUUGUGCUAUUAAAAUCAGAAGUUGCCGAGCUUAUAUUUCCGCGAGUGCUAGUUAAUCUUGCUGGAAGGAAGGGUCUGAACGUUGAUCUAUGCAAAAUAAUCUCUCUCCAGGUGCUGGAAAACAUAUUUACUGAAUCAAAUAAGUUAACAAAAUCUAUUCAACUCUUUCUGGAUGCACUUAAUGAACUAAGAGUAUCUCACGUUGUGGAAAAAACUGCUUCCUCUCCUGUUUCUUUCAAGCGAGAGGGUCAAAUGGUUAAGCAAUCUAGUUAUGGAUCAAAAUCUCGUUCGGCCUCUGUAAAGAUCAAAGACUCAACUGGAACGUUGAGUGCAGUGACACUGCUAUCAUCAGGAUGGGAAAAGGUUUAUUGGCUUUCUGUAGACUAUCUUGUGGCUGCCAGAUCAGCUAUUAUUUGUGGUGCUUGCUUUUCUUCUGUUCUCUAUGUGGAAUACUGGUGUGAGGAAUAUUUUAAUAGGCUCACAUUGGGAAGCCCAGACUUCUCCAUUCUUGACACUCUUCCUGAACAUGUUGGAGUGUUAGUUUCUGCUGUUACUCAUAUUAACGAACCAGACAGCCUUUACGGAAUCAUACAAUCACACAAGUUGAUUUCUCAAACUAUUACUUUUGAACAUGAGGGAAAUUGGAGUAAAGCUCUUGAAUACUAUGAUCUCAAAAUUAGAUCAGACAUAAAUAUGCAAAUGAGCACUGCUAUAAACGUAUCAUCGGAACUUCCUCAACAAACUACUCAUCCAUGUUCUCCUCCACUGGAAGAUCAUAUGACACAUAGGAAAUCACAUAAAGGACUCAUUAGAUCAUUGCAGCAUAUGGGCUGCAACCAUGUGCUGGACUUCUACUGUCAAAGUUUGACUUCACGAAAUUCCAAUUUUGAGAAUGACAUUGAAUUCCAUGAACUCCAGUAUGAGGCUGCAUGGCGUACAGGGAAGUGGGAUUUCUCUUUUUUGUACACUGGAUCUGAUGCGUGUUUGAAUCAAGAAAGAACUUCUGUUCAUUUUAAUGAGAAUUUGCACAGCUGUUUGAGAGCACUGCAACAGGGUGAUUUUUCUGAAUUUCAUUCGAAAGUGUGGAAGUCAAAACAGGAGCUUGUAUUGUCCAUCUGUCGUGCCAGCAAGGAAAACACUGACCACAUUCAUUCAACUAUAAUUAAGCUUCAGAUUAUUUACCAUCUUAACAUGGCGUGGGAUAUGCGUUGGCCAGCUUCUCUAUGCGAAAAGAACAAAUUUCAUGCAAAGAUGGGCAAAUUGUUAUUUAAGCCAAUUAUACCUAAUAUGGAUCAGUUGUCUUGGCUAAAUACAGACUGGGGUUGUAUUUUAAAAAGAGCACAGUUGCAUAUGAGUUUGUUAGAACCCUUCAUAUCAUUCCGAAGAGUCUUACUUCAAAUUUUGAACUGCAAGGAAUGCACAAUAGAACAUCUUCUGAAGUCUGCAUCAACUCUUCGGAAGGGUUCUAGGUUUUCUCAAGCUGCUGAAGCAUUGCAUGAGUUCAAAUAUAUCUGCGCAGGGAUGGGUGAGCAAUAUUCCAACCAUUAUUGGCAUGGAAGGCUUGAAGAAGCUAAGCUUUUACGGAAGCAAAGUCAACAUGAGAUGGCUAUCAACCUAGGAAAGUAUAUCUUGGAAAACUGCCAAUCCAGUGAAGUUAUUUCUGAUGCAUGUCAAUUAGUUGGGAAGUGGCUUGCUGAAACCCGAUCUAGCAAUUCGAGAACAAUACUAGAAAAGUAUUUAAAGCGUGCUGUUACUGUUACGGAGGAUAUUGAAGACCCAAGCUCAAAGACUGUUGCAAGACAAAGUCAAACUCGUUUCCACCUUGCCCAUUAUGCAGAUGCAUUGUUCAGAAGCUAUGAAGAUAGACUCAACUCCAGUGAAUGGAAGGCAGCAAUGAGAUUAAGAAAACACAAAACAAAGGAGUUGGAAGCUCUUAUUAGAAGAUUAAGAAGUUCAUCCAAGGGGGACAAAACAGACUACUCAGUUAAAAUUCUAGAGUUACAAAAGCAACUUGCAAUGGACAAAGAGGAGGCCGAAAAAUUGCAGGGUGACAGGGACAAUUUCCUUAUCGUGGCCCUGGAGGGGUAUGAGCGUUGUCUUGUGAUUGGUGAUAAAUAUGAUGUUAGAGUGGUGUUUCGUCUUUUGUCCUUGUGGUUCAGCCCCUCUUCUAGUCAAAUAGUUAUAGAUGCCAUGCUCAGAACCAUAGAAGAGGUUCAAUCCUACAAAUUCUUACCACUGGUUUAUCAGAUAGCUUCAAGGAUGGGGUCAAGGGAUGGUCAAGCAUCUAACAGUUUUCAGUUCGCAUUGGUUGCUCUUGUGAAAAAGAUGGCUAUUGAUCAUCCAUAUCAUACCAUCUUUCAGCUUCUUGCCCUUGCAAAUGGUGAUCGUAUUAAGGACAAGCAGCGCAGCAGAAACUCAUUUGUGGUGGAUAUGGACAAAAAACUUGCAGCUGAGAACCUCUUGAAGGAGUUGUCUUCAUAUCAUGGAGCAACUAUUAGGCAGAUGAAGCAAAUGGUGGAGAUUUACAUCAAACUUGCUGAAUUAGAAACUAAGAGAGAGGAUACCAACAAAAAAGUUACCCUACCCAGAGAUAUUAGGGGUGUUCGCCAACUUGAGCUUGUGCCUGUGGUGACGUCCAAUUUUCCAGUUGAUAGAAGCUGUGAAUACCCCGAAGGCUCUUUCCCAUACUUUAGAGGCUUAUCAGAUACAGUGAUGAUCAUGAAUGGCAUAAAUGCUCCAAAAGUUGUUGAGUGCUUUGGUUCUGAUGGUAACAAAUACCGACAGUUAGCAAAAUCAGGAAAUGAUGACCUACGUCAAGAUGCUGUGAUGGAACAAUUUUUCAGUCUAGUCAACACAUUUUUGCUUAACCAUCGAGAUACAUGGAAAAGGAGAUUAAAAAUAAGAACUUAUAAGGUUGUACCAUUUACUCCAAGUGCUGGUGUUCUUGAAUGGGUAAACGGAACUCUUCCUCUUGGUGAAUAUCUUAUAGGGAGUACAAGAAAUGGUGGAGCCCAUGGCCGAUAUGGUGUAGACGAUUGGACAUUUCCCAAAUGUCGGGAGCAUAUGGCUAAGGAACAUAACAAGCGUAAAGCUUUUGAAGAAGUCUGCCAAAACUUCAGGCCUGUCAUGCAUUAUUUUUUCUUGGAGAGAUUUCUACAUCCCGCUGACUGGUUCGACAAAAGGCUUGACUAUACUCGGAGUGUAGCGGCUAGUUCUAUGGUAAGCUACAUUGUGGGUCUUGGGGAUAGACAUUCAAUGAAUAUUUUAAUAGAUCAGGCAACUGCAGAGGUUGUUCAUAUUGAUCUUGGCGUUGCCUUUGAACAAGGGUUGAUGCUGAAAACGCCUGAACGGGUACCUUUCAGAUUAACGAGAGACAUCAUAGAUGGUAUGGGUGUUACAGGUGUUGAAGGGGUUUUCAGGAGAUGCUGUGAGGAAACACUCCAUGUCAUGCGCUCCAACAAAGAAGCACUUUUAACUAUUGUUCAAGUUUUUAUUCAUGAUCCGUUGUACAAAUGGGCUCUGUCCCCUCUAAAGGCUUUGCAACGACAGAAGGAAACGGAUGAUGAUUUGGAAACCAGCUUAGAAGAUUCAGAAGAUGAAUACGAAGGAAAUAAGGAUGCAGCGCGUGCACUGAUGCGUGUCAAACAGAAGUUGGAUGGAUAUGAAGAAGGUGAAAUGAGAAGCGAGCAUGGCCAGGUUCAACAACUGAUACAAGAUGCUAUUGAUCCUGAUCGAUUGUGCCAAAUGUUUCCCGGAUGGGGAGCUUGGCUGUAAAAACGCGAUGGAUUAUUCCUUUGUUAUUUUUUAUUGUUUUCCCUUAAGAUAAUGUUGACGACGAGAUAUUUGAUUAUUUUUUUUUCCAUUAAACAAAGUUUUAGAAAAAUCUUGUAUGACCUAGUGAUCGAUCUGGAUCAGUUGGUUUUUUUGACAUUAUUUUUGAUUCAUGUUCAAUUGUUUUAAAAGA